AAGGUCAUAGGAAGUGGGUCGCCCGUGGUUUGACAGCGGAAACUUCGGGGAAACCGGGGCUACACUUGCUCGCGAUUACUUCUCACGUACUUGAGCUGAAGACUACAUACGAGGCUGAGAGUUGACAACAUUUUGGAGCCCUCCUGACCACAAUGUGGGGCCUCCCCUUGUUUCAAAGCCGUUUCUUCCACAUGUUGGGACUGCUGCUGUGUUUGCUUAUCGUCACUACAGGAGCCAACACGUCACUGUCUUUGUUUGACUUUUACGACGAAAAAGGGUUGGACGGAUACAACGAUGAGCGGAUAGCAGGCAUUAGUAAGGAGGAUUGUGCAACACGGUGUUUAACUGGAACUUCUACCGUUGCGUUUGGAAGUUGCCUGUCGUUUGAUUAUGACAACAAUGGUGGCGGUGCCUGUAUCCUGAGUACGGCAAACAAGGACACACCUGGAGCAGUAUUGUCUGAUAGUAACCCAUCGACACGAUUUGACUAUUACCACAGAAAAGGGGGAAGCAUGUUUGAGAAGCAUGACAACCAGGCACUGAGUGGGUUUAACAACCAGGAUGUAGGCGGCAUCAGUCCAGGCGAAUGUGCCCUCAGAUGUCUACAGGGAACGUCAACAGUACCCGCCGGGACCUGCAGGUCUUUCGACUACGACAGGAGGCGCACGUUGUGUAUUCUGAGCACUGACAGCAAGGACACGCAACCGUCAGCCUUAGGAUCAAACAACAACAACGAUUACUACCACAGAAAACAUCCGUGUUCUGACAGUGCGUGUAAAAAUGGCGGAACUUGCACCUAUAAUAACUACGACAGUUUCUCCUGUGCGUGUACCGCCGGUUGGACCGGAGAUACGUGUGAAACAGUUUCAGUACCACCUGAGGUAACACAACAUCCACAGAACCAGACCAAAACAUUGGAACAAGCAGCCACGUUCACCUGUGUCAUCCGCGGUGACCCAGCGCCUACCGUCACCUGGUACCAAGACGGUACAGAGAUAUCAUCUGGAGGACGCUUCAACAUAGUGGAAACUACAGAUAGCGUCCAGAACACAGUGACCAGUACCCUGACCAUCAGCCUUGUGCAGCGGAGCGACAAUGGACAGUACAUGUGUAGGGGGACGAGUACUGCAGGCACUGACUCAUCAGAAACAGCACGGCUGAUCGUACAAGAGCGACCAGACGACAUCUCAGUUGAGGUGACCCCGCUGACCAUCACGGCCCUCCGCGUCACAUGGACGGUUCGAGUGACCGGAAACCUACACAUCAACCAAUCAGAGGUGAGCUACAGGUGGAGUCAGGAUGAGCCAUGGAGUGAGGCAGUCGUUAUAACACACCAGUCCGUCGGAGGUACGACCGGAAUGGAGUACACACUGGAAGGCUUGUCUCCAUCCACUCAGUACACGGUUCAGGUUAGGGUGAAAAACUCACUGGGAUGGAGCGAUCCUGCCUAUGGAACUGGAACCACACUGGAUGCACCUCCAGGACCGCCCUCUUCACUUCGUCAGACUGCCGUCACUCAUGAGUCCCUGACUCUGACAUGGCAGGCCCCGUCUCAACCUGGAGUAAUAACAGGCUAUACCAUCCAGUAUGGCCUCACUUCAGACUGUACGGAAGCUCAGCUCACCCAAACGGUGAACUCAACGGGAGCGGGUACCUCGUACGACAUCCAAAACCUGACCUACUACACCGUGUACACGUUCCGAGUCCGUGGGCACACCAAUGGAGGGGCAGGGGACUACAGCGACUGCAUCACGGCCAGGACAGCAGAGUUUUAUCCUACCAAACCAUUGUCUGUGCAAUUUUCUGAUGCGAACAGCUGCAACUGUGACGCAUCAGGUCAGAACAGGACCAUCGCACUACAGGUCAGGUGGACACGGCCACAGAGCGUCAACGGGGAACUGUGGGGGUACACGCUGAGACUUCACCAUGACAACCAGGUCAUCUAUGUGACUAACACAUCGGCCGCUUUUCAGGGUAACCAGCUGGAGUAUGUGAUUUCUGGAGACGAUGUUGGAGAGCUUCAGCCUGUACAGAACUACUCUAUUACGGUUUCCGCCUUCAAUAAUGUAUACAGAGGAGCGAACAGCGAUCAGGUACAGGCUCAAUCAAGUGAUGGCUGUCCAUCUGCGCCAUCUAUUACUUCUCAUACUCAAGAUGGUAUGUGUGGAAUAGACUGGACCCCUCCAUCCAUGUCGACUGGGGAUAUUACUGGAUACUUGGUGACUACAACAGCAACACAGCUGAAUUCUCAGUCAGUCUCAGCCGCAGAAGCUGACCCUGUAGGAUCCACACAUGUACAGAACCUGACAUGGACGUCAUCACUUGAUGUGUUUCCGCCUUACUCCCUGAUCCACGUCACCGUCAGAGCCAAGACCUGCGCAGCAGGGGCAAGCAGUGAGGAGAGAACCUGUAGGGUAGAGCGUGUAGAGCCACCUGCGUCCAUUCCAGUAGUGAACACUGUAGACCCAUCCGCGACGUCAACCUCAUUCACUAUGACACUUCCGGACAUCAGCAGUCGAAACGGACCCAUAAGUUGCUACCACGUCAUCGUGGUCCCUAUGGAGGGUGGAGAAAGUCUUGCGCAGCUGAGUACCCGGAUGGGAGCUCCUGACGUCAUCCUGACCCCAAAUGCCCUUCCUCCAGGAAGAACCACUCCGUACAUUGCACUGGCAUUCUCCGGAAACAGCUACGUCAGUGGAGACGUCACGAUAGGCAGCGGGGAUGAGUGCACGGACCCGUGUUGUCAGGUCGGGGCGGUGGAAGGAGCACAACAGCCGGGCAACCGGCAACUGUCUCCCGGGUCCGCUUAUACAGCAACCGUCCGGGCUUACGUUGGUGCUGGGAACAGACGGAAAAGAGCAACAUCGCAGGCACAGAAGUCAUCUGCGUACAUAACACCUGUCACCACAUCAGGUAUAUCAGGCAACCAGGAGCAAGGUUCCCCUGUUGGAGGGAUCGUAGGAGGCAUAGUGGCAGCUGUGGUGAUCAUCUCCGCAGCAGUGGUGGGCCUGGUCUUCUACAGAAGACGGCAGGCAGCAAAGGAGAAUGACCUGGUACCUCCGCCCCUCCCCCCGAGAUGGCACGCUGGUGAAGAAGAGGAGAUGGGAGUCGUUGGACCCGCUACUCUGGACGACGAAGCGCCUGUCGCCAAGCCUAAGCCGCUACUGAGUAUCAAACGAAGAAAAUUCAGUUCCAAGAAAGAUUUAGACUUCAGACAGCCGAUCCCGAUUGAGAAACUCGAGAGAGAGUUCAACCGUCGGCACGCACACGACGACCAGCUCUUCACACAGGAAUACCAGUCACUGCCGGCACCCUUUGGAAGAGAACGCGCGGAGGCAUACUACAAUCAGGAGAACGCCUCGAGAAACAGGUUCAAAAACAUCAUCGCGUAUGACAACGGUCUGGUCACGCUGACUCCGAUCGAAGGUGUGCCCGGAUCUGGCUACAUUCAUGCUUCAUAUAUUGACGGCUACCGAGAAGAGAGAAAAUACAUAGCAGCACAAGGUCCAAUGGACAACACUAUAGAUGACUUCUGGAGGAUGAUCUGGGAGACUGGCUCAACAGCAAUCGUCAUGGUAACCAACCUGGAGGAAAAGGGAAAGAAAAAGUGCAGCCAGUACUGGCCGGACAGUGGUGAACAGCUGUACGCUGCAGACAGUGAGGAUGGUGGUAUAACCGUGACUUUAGCCGAGACCGUACCGAUGGUGGACUACGUCACCAGGGUGCUUCUCAUACGUAAGAGUGAUAUGAAGUCACGUAAGGUCAGUCACUUCCACUUCACCGGCUGGCCUGACUUCGGGCUGCCCCGGAGCCCCAUGGGAUUGCUCAAGUUCAGGAAAACUGUGACGUCAACCCUGACAGCUGACAGUAGACCAAUCGUCGUCCACUGCAGUGCCGGAGUAGGCCGAACAGGCACCUUCAUCACUAUUGACGCCAUGUUGGACAUGAUCAAGGAAGAACAGAAGGUGGACGUGUUCGGGUUCGUGUCAGACAUGCGUCAGAACAGGAGCAACAUGGUGCAAACGGCGGCCCAGUACGUGUUCAUCUUCAAAGCCCUGUUGGAGCAGCACCUGUACGGAGACACGGAGACGGAAGUGACCAACAUCCACCGCUACAUGCAGAACCUGAGGACGGUGGAUCCGGAGACGGGCAAGACUGGUAUAGAGGCAGAGUUUCAGAAACUGAUCCGUAUCCCGAUAGAUAAGGCGAAUAUGCGGUCAGGAAAUCUUCCUGAAAACUUGUCCAAAAACAGGGUACUGCAAGUCCUGCCCUACGACACCUCCCGGGUGAUUCUGCAGCCCAAACUGGGUGUGAAGGGAGGCGACUACAUCAACGCUUCCUUCAUUGACGGUUACCGUCAGAAGGACGCGUACAUCGCUACCCAGGGCCCGCUGGACCGGACUGUGGAGGACUUCUGGAGGAUGGUGUGGGAGUGGAACUCCUGCUCUAUCGUCAUGAUCACCGGGCUGUGGGAGAAGAGUCAGUACAAGUGCGCCAUGUACUGGCCUGACGAAGGACUGCAGUCUUAUGGAGACCUGACUGUAACCUUAGAGGAGACAACGGGCUUCCCAGAGUACACAUUACGUACAUUUUCGCUAAGGAGCCAUAAGGACGACACAAACCGCACAGUACAACAGUUUCACUUCCACGGCUGGCCGGAAGUCGGUAUCCCUGACAACGCCGCCGGGAUGAUCGAUCUGAUUGGUCAGGUCCAGAAGCAGCAGCAGCACUCUGGCAACGGACCAAUCACCGUGCACUGCAGUUCUGGAGCCGGCCGCACGGGAGCGUUCUGUGCCAUCAGCACGGUGCUGGAGCGGGUGAAGGCAGAGGGUGUCUGUGACGUCUUCCAAGUCGUGAAGACGCUCCGGCUACAGCGGCCUCACAUGGUGCAGACACUGGAGCAGUACCAGUUCUGUUACCAGGCUGUUGUGGAGUACCUGGACAGUUUUGACCACUACGCCAACUUCCGCUGAGUGCCCCAGCACCUGAUAGGUACUUUGAGCUAAAAGAGACGUGAUAACAGGACAGAAUGGGAGACCCUUGUAGUGGAUUUUACUGAUGAAUCAUUCGAUGCAAAGUUUCUCCACAAUCAACAGAAUGAUAUGCCUUACUAACACUGUACAUAUUUUCCGUAACGCUUCCUAAAUCAUUGAAGAUUUUUAAAUUACCAGAUUAUUUUCACACACAGAAAUUUUAAAUCACAAGAAAACAAAACAUUAUGUACUCACAAAAUUACAUGGCUCGAUUUGUAAGCCUUGAUGUAUAUAUGUAUUUUAUUCGCUCAUAAUGAAAAUGAAAUAAUAAUUGUAUACAUUUAUAGGCACAGAUCCCUGCAGGUUUCCAGGGAUGAAGGCGUUUGAUAGGGAAAAUCUAAAAGAAAUAUUAGUAUUUUUUAAAAUCAUAAAUCAUAUAUUGAAAUCAAGAGAAUAACUUUGCUCGUUAGUUUUCCUAUUGAUAACCUUUUUGCUUGAGAAGUUACGACUUUUAUCUGGUUGGAAGUUACGGCUACACUAGCGUAUUGCUCGUGACAAAUGUAAUCUUUACGUAUGGAAAUAUCGUUCAUAUUUUCUAGUAAUCAAGUGUCACUGCAAACAGUUGAUAUGUUAAAUGAUUUAAGAAUUUAUCAAUAAAAGUUACACCUAA